GGCUCAGCGGGUCGUUGCUCAGAGUGAGUGACUACACGAGUUGAGUCAGUCUGUCGCGGCGGCAGACGCGUGCAGUGAGCGCCAAGCACGGACGUCCGCGCCACGCCUCGCCGCUUCCACCUCUCCUCCGCUUCCACCUACACGAAGCAUCCUUUAUGUCAUCUGUUCCACCUCUUCCUCUGCUGUGCCAUUACUUCCACGUGCUAAGUUCCUCAUCCCUCUGAUCCUCAUUCUCCACCUGUUCCUCUUCCCUCCCAUCCCUCGCUCGUCUCCUCGCCGCCUCGUCCUCCAGGGUGCAAAGAAUCAACACGUGCCUUACUCGCAUACGCGUGGUUCCUCUAUCCUCUACUACCUCGUUUCCGUCCUCCCGCUGAUGACCUAGUGGCUAAAGUGACCUUGAAACCUGCACGUGACAGCAUAUACUAGUGACGUGUCCUCCCCUGGACGAGUUCCUCCUCAUGGUGACCUCUGCGUGACCUUCUCUAGAUGACCACGUGGAAUUUAGGGUGAGGUUUCCGCCUGGUGACACCUGCAUCACCUUUUCUCGGUGACACCCACGUGGUUCCCUUGGUGACCGUGACGACCGACUCCCAAGGGCUGACCUCCAAGUGACGGCCGCGUGAAACAUUGUGGCCGCUAAGAUGAGCGACACCGAAAUAGCAAUCCCGUAUACUUCAGCUCAGGUGGACGACCAAGACGAGGACAGCCAAAGCGACAUAUCGGCCUCCGCCACCGAGACCUCCUCCCUGGUGACGGUGCGCGCCGGCUGCUGCAGUUUCAACCCGGUGAGCAGAACGGGCAAGCGAUGGCACCAGAUGCAGAUGAUGACGCUGCCCUUCAUCCCCAUCGCCGCUCUCAUCAUCCAAAACUGUCUCCUCAUGGCCAGCGUCGUUAGCCACCAAGGGGAGAUGACGAUGCUGAGUAGACAGGUGGACGGCACGGUGGAGCUGGGGAUGCUGUUGACGGCCCUGCAGCUGGAGCGGGCGGAGGUAGCCUACUACAUCUUCUCCAACGGGACAAAACUCAGGUCCACCAACCAGGAAAAUUACCGCCCGUCAAACAUAAGGCUUGCCCUCCCUAGCAGGACCAGCCUCGAGGAAACCUUCCGCCGCACGGACCUCAUCCUGGACAAGGUGCACCAGUGGCCGAACUUCACCACCGGGAACCAGGACCUGCUGGGCUCCAAGCUGCGCUUCCAGAUCAGGCUCGAGGACCUCAGGAAUGGAGUGAACGACGCGGACGACUCUGUGGGUUCCAAGAUGACCUGGUACAACUACAUCACCUUCUUCGUCAUGGAGGCCAUCGUCUCCAACAUCAAGGACGCUAACAUCUCAAGCGUGUGGAAGCUCCUGGUGGCGUACAAGGACAUGAUCCGCGCCGUCGAGUACUUCGGUAUCGUCAUGAUCGAGGGCCUCACCUUCUUCGGGAGCGGCAGCCUCGAGAGGGAGCGCUUCAUCAGCUUCGUGGUGCAUGACGUGUUGGCGUGGAAGUCUCUCAACCAGACCAAGGACUUCGUGAGCUCCGUGCGCGAACAGGUGGAGGACUUCUACACCAAAUACGAGGAGUUUAAGAACAUUACGGAGUGGCGCCAGCUGAUUCUCGGUAACGUGGCCCAGUUGAGUGACUUGAAAGUGGCCGAUGAUUACUACUACGUGAUGGUCCGCUUUACCGACGAGCUGAGGGACAUCCAGUGGCAGCUUCUCGACAUGAUCCAGUCGUACAUGCAGGCCGAGGCGGGCAGCGCGGACAGCCAGGUCACGGUGAGCAUCGUGCUACUGGUGAUGGUCCUCUUCAUCUCGCCCGUCAUCAUCUUCCUCGUGCGCCACGCCACAUACACCAUACAGGUGUUCGCUGCCACGCUCACCACGAAGGCCGCGGAGCUGAAGAGGGAGAAGCGGAGAUGUGACCGACUCAUCUUCCAAAUGCUGCCCAAACCCGUGGCCGUGCAGCUCAAGAAGAAGCGAUCCGUCCCGGCGGAAAGCUACAAGUCCGUCUCUGUCUACUUCAGUGACAUUGUGGGGUUCACGACUCUCUGCUCCAGCUCUGAGCCCUUGCAGGUGGUGACGCUCCUCAACAAGCUGUACAACAUGUUCGACUCCCGCAUCGGCAACUACGACGUUUACAAGGUGGAGACCAUCGGCGACGCCUACAUGGUGGUGUCCGGCGUGCCCCACUCAAACGGUAUGCGUCACGCCGCCGAACUCUGCAACAUGGCGCUGGACCUGAUCGAGGGCGCCAAGGAGUUCGAAAUCCCGCACCGCCCGGACAAGGACCUGCUCAUCCGCGCCGGCAUCAACUCUGGGCCCUGCGUGGCGGGCGUUGUGGGUACCAAGAUGCCGCGUUACUGCCUCUUCGGCGACACUGUGAACGUGGCGAGCAGGAUGGAGACAACAGGGGAGGCCAUGAAGGUGCACCUGUCGCAGGCCACGAAGGAGAUCCUGGACCAGGUGGGCGGCUACACCUGUGAGUUCCGGGGCUACCAGGAGGUCAAGGGUAAGGGGUCGCUGCCCACCUUCUGGCUGAUGUCAGGACCGCCGCUGGGGUCCUCCCGGGGGGUCAGGAUCCCCUUGAGCACGCAGCAGUGAGGCCGCCGACACCCGCCACGCUGACGCCCCCCACUGGCUACCGACCCGC